AUGUCGGAGACCCUCCAAGAGCUUGCUGAUAUCCCCAAGGACUUCGUCCGGGAGGGAUCCCUGUUCAUUCGGCGCUGCACCAAGCCCGACAAGCGCGAGUUCAUUAAGAUUAGCCAGGCUGUGGGCAUGGGCUUCCUGGUUAUGGGUGCCAUUGGUUACUUCGUCAAGCUGAUCCACAUCCCUGUGAACCAGGUCCUUGUCGGUGGCGCAUAA